AUGACACACCAACUCGGUAUCUCCUCAAUGUCUCUGGGACGAGCCUGGGUCCACGACUUGGUGCCCAAGCUCGACCAAGCAGCAAAAUAUGGCUAUGCUGGUGUCGAGAUAUUCUACGAGGACCUGGUAUACCAUGCCAAGAAGUAUCCAGGAGGCGAAACUCCUGACAACCAAAUACGAGCUGCACAAGACAUCAGCUCAAUGUGCAAAUCCCGCAACCUCGCUGUUAUCAGCCUCCAACCAUUCAUGCAUUACGAAGGCCUCAUCGACCGCCAAAAACAUGCCGAGCGAAUUGAAGACCUCAAAUUAUGGUUCAAACUCGCACAUGCUCUGGAGACCGAUAUGAUUGCCAUUCCGGCAUCUUUUCUGCCUGAGUCGGAGUGCACUGGAGACAUGUCAGUCAUCGUUGCAGAUUUGCAAGAGGCCGCCGAUCUGGGUGCAGCUCAAAACCCGCCUCUUCGUUUCAACUAUGAAGCUCUCUGCUGGAGCACGCAUUGCCAAACAUGGGAGCAGAGCUGGGAAGUAGUUGAAGCAGUCGACCGUCCAAACUUUGGUCUAUGUCUCGACACCUUCAAUAUCGCCGGUCGUAUCUACGCAGACCCUACGCAACCAUCGGGCAAGCGACCAACAGCAGAUGCCGACAUGGCUGCAUCCAUUGCUACAAAGCUCGUCCGUCCCGAUAAGCUCUUUUUCGUGCAAGUCGUGGAUGCAGAGAGGCUUGAUGCGCCGCUAGUCAAGGGUCAUCCAUUCUAUGACCCUGAACAAAAUGCUCGUAUGUCAUGGUCGCGCAACUGCAGACUAUUCUACGGCGAACAAGACCGCGGUGGCUAUCUGCCUAUCCGCGAGAUCUUGAAAGCUAUUUUGCACGACUUGGGUUAUAGUGGAUGGCUGAGCUUCGAAUUGUUCAACCGCAGUAUGGCAGAUCCUAGCCCCGAAACGCCAGCCGAGCAUGCUCGUCGCGGUGCGGAGUCUUGGGAGAAAAUAGUAGCUGAUCUCGAGCUGAACGGCCAUGCUGCCGACAGUGCUGUCAGUGUUGGCUCUUCAACCGCCAAAGCAUGA